GGCGCCGGGCGAGCCUCUGUGAUGGCGAGCGCCGCUGGCCCUGCGGCCGCUCAGCCCGGCUUGGCGCCGCCUUUGGAGCAGCUCCGGCACUUGGCAGUCGCGCUGCGGCUGCUCAUGUCGGGAGUGCGGGUCGGCGAAGCCCGCGAGACCACCAAGGAGUUUAAUCGGGAGACGUUUUGGAGAAGCCUCAAUGAGGCCGCCGUGGUGGUGUCGAAGGAGGCCACGACGCUCACCGCUGUCUUCUCUCGACUCCCCCUGCCGUCUCCACAGGAAACCCAGAGGUUCUGUGAACAAAUCCAUGCUGCUAUCAAGGCAAUUAUUGCAGUAUACUAUUCCUUUCCCAAGGAUCAGGGAAUUACCCUGAGAAAGCUGAUACGGAGCGCCACUCUGGACAUCAUGGAUGGCAUGGCUCAGCUUGUGGAUGUGCUUGUCAUCUCUCCACCUCAGAGCCCCGAGAACAGUGACCUUAUUUCCUGCAACAGUGUCUGUGUUGCAUGCCAGCAGGUGCCUCGGAUACCAAGAGAUAAUAAGGCUGCAGCCCUUUUAAUGCUGACGAAGAGUGUGGAUUUUGUGAAGGAUGCACAUGAGGAAAUGGAGCAGGCCAUGGAAGAAUGUGAUCCUUACUCUGGCCUCUUGAAUGACACUGAGGAGAACAACUUUGACAAUCAUAGUAAUGAAGAUGAUGUGUUGGGGUGUCCAAACAACCGAGACUUAUAUUGGUCAGAGGAAGAUCAUGAGCUCCUAAUCCCAUGCCUUGCACUGGUGAGAGCAUCCAAAGCCUGCCUGAAGAAAAUCCGCAUUUCAGUGGCAGAGAAUGGGAAGAAGGACCAGGUGGCCCAGCUGGAUGAUAUUGUGGAUAUUUCUGAUGAGAUCAGUCCUAGUGUGGAUGAUUUGGCUCUGAGCAUAUAUCCACCUGUGUGCCACCUGACUGUGAGAAUUAAUUCUGCGAAACUUGUAUCUGUUUUAAAGAAGGCGCUUGAAAUUACAAAAGCGAGUCAUGUAACCCCACAACCAGAAGAUAGCUGGAUCCCCUUACUUGUUAACGCUGUUGAUCAUUGCAUGAACAGAAUCAAGGAGCUCACUCAGAAUGAACUUGAAUUAUGAGUUUUGAGGCUCAUACAUACCACUCUUUCCUUUUCUUACUGUCACAGGUAGGAUCUGAUGUCUGCUUUUAAAAGGGGCUUAGGAUGAUUCCUGAAUCAAAAGGGCAUUCCUGGCUAUACUUACCAAGAGACACUUUAUCAAAGAUGGUUGGUUUUACAAGACUGGCAAUUAUUUAUAAACCAUAUAAAUUUAUUUUUAUGUGCUAGAUACAAAAGGUAAUCGCAUGAGUUUGUGCUUCUGAAUUGCCUUUUAGAAAUUCCUGGGGAAAUUGCCUUAUUCCCUAUUUGCAAUAAAGAGUGUUAUUUCACUGUUAAAAAUGUUGAGAGUCUUAAUAAAAUGUUGACCUGCCAGUGGUUAAAUGCGUACCCUUCCAAAGUUUG